AACUCAGGUCCUGUUAAUAAUAAUACUAAUAGUAAGGAAAUACUCGUAAAAAAGUGGAGUAUUAUCUGUAGUAUGUGACAAAAAACACUUGACAAAAAUUGGUGCAGUGUCCCUUCUAGGAACAAGACGCCGCCAUAACGUCAACACCAUGACGUCAACACUUGCCUCAUGACAGCGCGGUGAGAAACUCCUUCCAGCCGAGUGAUGUUGUCAAACGACCCAUCCACUUCCGUCAAGUGGCCCGUCGAAGGACAAGGAGCUCGGUGCUAAUGCUAGCUAACACUAGCGGACUGCCUGUUUAUGACAGCGAGCUAGCCCGGGAGCUAACAACGUUAGCAUGAUGCACGCACAAGCCAGGCUGGCGCAGAGGUCAAAUAAGCGUCAACAAUGAUUUGAUGAUGGUCCGCACCGAUGGCGUCUCUAAAUACGAGGCGACGGUGGAUAAAGGGCGGCCUCCAGCUGAGAUGCUCCAUCUGCUCUCCGCCGUCAUUGUUUGGCUGGUGACCGGCACCACCAUCUCCAGCCUCAACAAAUGGAUCUUCGCCGUGUACAACUUCAGGUACCCGCUGCUGCUAUCGGCGCUGCACAUGCUGACCGCCAUAGUGGUGGACUACGGCUUGAUCAAGCUGCGGGUGAUCCGCCACGCGGGCGUGGGAGAGCAGGACCUGACCACUGGCGCCAAAUGUAAAGUCUUCCUGCUGAGUCUUACGUUCUGCGCCAGCAUCGCCUUCGGCAACAUGGGCCUGAACUAUGUCCAACUGUCCUUUGCACAAAUGAUCUACACCACCACACCACUUUUCACCCUGGCCAUCUCCACGCUGAUCCUGGGCAAGCAGCAUCACUUCCUCAAGUACACGGCCAUGAUGCCCAUCUGUUUAGGGGCGUCCUUCAGCAUCAUGGGGGAGGUCCAGUACGACCAGACCGGCUGUUUGUUUGUCAUCGCGGCCACCAUGUUUAGGGGUGUCAAGUCCAUCCAACAGAGCAUUCUCCUCCAGGAGGAGAAGAUCAACUCUGUCUUCCUGCUCUACCUGAUGUCCAUCCCCAGCUUCUGCAUCCUGGCCUUGGCCGCCCUGGCCCUGGAGAACUGGGCCCUGCUGGAGUCGCCGCUCCACUACGACCGGCACCUGUGGCUCUUCAUCCUGCUCAGCUGCCUGGGCUCGGUGCUGUACAACCUGGCCAGCUGCUGCGUCAUCACGCUCACCUCCGCCGUCACCCUGCACAUCCUGGGCAACCUCAACGUGGUGGGCAACCUGCUGCUGUCCCAGCUGCUGUUCGGCACCGAGCUGUCCGCCCUGAGCUGCGCCGGCGCCGCGCUCACGCUCUCCGGCAUGCUCAUCUAUCAGAACUCUGAGCUCAUCGUCCGCUACAUGGACACGCGCAGAGCCAAGACAAACGGCGCGCUGGAGCGGGACGGGACGCAAAGAACAGAGGCGGACAAGACAGCCUGAGCUCCAGGAAGUGGUCCCAUGCAGCUGACCUUAUAAGGUGAUGUUGUGCCAGAGUAGUCAUCCCCUCCUCACUGUGCCAUUGUACUGUCCCACGGAGGCUGGAAGAAACCAUUUAUUUUUAUUUACUUGAUUUGACAAAAUGGCAAGCCCUUCCUCUCCUUUUAUUUGCACUCCGACAUCAACACACACGAGCACACUUCGACUCCUCGGAUACCUGGCGUCCACUUGUCCCUCCCACUCCACUGUGAGUGGAGCGCCUAACCUGGAGUGAACCACACUGUUACACGACUCCCUGCUUUUGCCUUGUUCUGGGAAAUGUGUCAACCCCCCUACUCUUUAAGCACAAACAAAAAAGGAGUGCCGCGUCCUGCUCGAGACGGACCCACAUUCGGAGUUCCAAAUCGAGUGCACGGGUCUCUGGAGAUUUCCCUCAAUUAUUUCUGUCACUUCAGCCUCCCAUCUUGGAUCCAAACAGUGUCACUUCACACUAAAGGACGUUUGUUACAAUUUACAGCACAUCUUCCAAGCGGACUCCUGCUGGACAAAGCCUAUUUAAAUAUUGUUUUUAAUCGACAUUUUAUGAACGAACCAUUUAUCGCCACUCUUUUGAAUAUGUAAGCAAAAAAAAAAAAAAAGAAGUAUUUAUUAUAUUUGAAUCGCCAUGGCAAUCACUGGCAUUGUUGUCUCGCACCAGUCCAACAUUUGGACUCUCUUCCUCAUUCUAUUUGAUAGGGGUGUAACGGUACACAAACAUUUCUGUUCGGUACGUACCUCGGUUUAGAGGUCACGGUUCGGUUCGUUUUCGGUACAGUAAGAAAAUACAAAAUAUACAUUUUUUUGGUUAUUUAUUUACCAAAUUUGUAAAUAAUGGCUUUAUCCUUUUAACAUUGGGAACAUAUUUUCAUACUUGCCAACCUUGAGACCGCCAAUAU